AUGCCAGAAGCGAAUGAAUAUUUUGAAAAUUUUGAUGUAAAUGAUUGGAGUUAUGAUGGGUUUCAAACAUUCAUGACAGCUGAAAAAUGUAGCGAAACAAUUUGGAUAAACUCCUUGAGAGCGAUUAGUCAAAGUGAUAAUUUUCCUGUAAGAUGUCGUAGAAAAGCGAGCCAUAUUUUAAAUAGCUAUUCUGUAACUGUUGUCAUUCCUUCAAAACAAAGUACUGCUAUUUUCAAAUUAUGGUAUAGUUUGCGUAAAAAGGUGGAAGAUGAUAGAUUUAUCAAGGAAUAUAUUUUGGAUAUUAAUCGAUUAAGUAACUUAUUGCAAAAAAAUGAAAUUCGUUUUUUGUGCAAUUUGUUUCCACCCGUAAAUGUAGAAUUAGAUAAAGAGGUCAAUGAACAUUUAGAUGAUAUAUUUUCUAUUUUUAAUAGUAAAGAGACACUUAAUGCUGAAAGUAUAUUUGAAGAAGUGGAACAGAAACGGAAAUUGGCAAAUUUGGGAAUUAAAACUUCAAAAGAGUGCCAAAUUACUUUCAUUUUUAAGAUUUUAGAAUCAUGUAUCGAUAUAUUGACAGAUAUCGAUGGUUCUUAUACUAGUUGGAAUCCAGCAUCAAUACCAUCAAAUAAUAAUAAUCUCCAAAAUUCUCAAGAAUUUGUAAAUGGAACUAGACCAGACUUUACAGUGCAAAAUGAAUUGAAUUAUGAAAUCUUUACUUUAAAGGUUGUUGGAAGCUCGACAAAUAAGAUUCAGAAAAAGGUCAACAAUGACUUUGCCAAAUUAAGUAAACAAAUGCGAAACAAUAUAAAUUAUAUUGUUGCUCAAGAGGAAAAAAAAGGGCGUUUAUUACCUAAAGAUUUUCAAAUCUUUGGUGCAUUAACAGAAGGGUUUGAUAUUGUAAUUAAAAGAAUGAUAUCUAUUGAUCGAUAUGUUAUAAUGCAAGAAAUUUUCACAAUUGAAGUUCCAUCCAGUAUUACAGAUUAUUAUAAGCUUAAAAUUUUAAUUGGUAGAAUGAUAGCUUUGUCU